GGCAGCUGAAUGGAUGCAUCCUGACCAUCCAUCAGCUUUGGCGCGCCUCGACAUCGGCACCAUCUCGGAGCACACCUCGACGCCGAGACGCCACGAUAGUCCCUUUGCCAUGAGUCGACGGCCCUGACAUCCGGUCGAAGCCUCGCGCCUUGCGCCUUGCACCUUGUGCCGCAUGCAGCGCACACAGGCGACAACACAACUGCCAGCUGCAGCAAGCCUCUACGACUAGAUCGUGUCUUGAUAGUACACGCCUCAGCUGGAGGCGCGCUGCUCGCCAGCCAGGCACUGUCACGCUUUCAUCCGUUCACAGGGCCGGCAGGCGGUUAAUAUCGCGCUGGCCGACUCGACUGUCGAUUGCCACGAAGACCCUGUCUCCGACGUCCCUCGCCACCCGCAGCAGGAGUGGCUAAAGCGCCGACGAGUCGCACGCUGCCUUGCCUGGCUGCCCUUUCUGCACAACGCGGGAUGCCAUACCCCUGGUGAUUGGAGACGGGUGGCUAAAAUCUCCAGGGCGCCGGCAAGGCACGGCUCGUUGAGAUCGCAUUCUGCCUGAUUUGACGCCGCCUCUCCCACUGCCGGCAUCACGGGCUAUCGACCUUGCUGGUAUGCACGGCCAAAAUCUCUCGUGUCCGACCAACGCAACGUGAAUGCGACUUGUCAUGGCAACGAUGCAUCGUUUGGGUAGGACGGCGGCCGGCGACAUCGCCCGGCGUCGUGGCCACGCUCUGGCUUUGGUUUCCCAACUUCAAGCUGGAGAUGCCCUGUGUUUUCACUUCGGAGUUCGAUGCCUUCCCCCCCACGCCGCCGCUCGAGGUUUCCACAUGCGACCCGCAUUCGCUGCCAAAUACGUACCCCUUCCAAGACGCAAAAGUGGCCGAACAAGAAAUUUUAAGUCACGAGUUCACCCUGUCCAUGGAGAACAGCGCGUUGUUCAGAAUGCGCACAGUCGAAUGCUGGAAGUCACCAGCCACCCCCAUGGGGACUCUGCCCGCCCUGAUUUACCCCAACUUUCCAUCACUCGUCUCGGAGACCCCCCGGAUUCUCCCUUCUUUAGCGCCCUCUCUUCGACCCUCCUGCUCUACCCUGCCCUUGCCCUGGCUCCGGCCAAGACUACUCCAAAUGCCCUCCGUUCCCGCUAUCCUCGCUCGCCGGCUAAUAUGCUUACUGCCUUUGCCAAAGCACAUGGCGUGGAUAGGCGUGCAAAUGGGCUGAUGGCUUUUGCGAGGUCAUGGGCGAUCUGGACGCCAGCAACCGACCAGCAUAUGACCGCGGGCAUUCUAGCGAGUUGGCUGACACGAGGCUGCCAACGCGUUUGGCAAACACGAUACAGUUGCAUGUUCAAUCUGCUUUACUUGGAACUGGCUGGCUGGCCACUUUCACGGCCGACGCCCAGAGCUAGACUAGCAGGGCUGCGUGACGGCGACGUGACCCUAACCACAUAUCGCUGACUUUGGGCCACUCGCGGGCACAUAGAAGCCGCAAGCUGCCGUGGGUCCCCUUCCCGCCUUUCCGGUCUGUCCACCCUCCUGCUUGAAGUCUAGGCCGGCCUCGUCAACCCCGUGGUCAGCUCCUCGAUCGAGCCUCUCGCGCUUCCUUUCCGUCUCUCCGAAAGCCACAGCCGCUAGCUUCUUCGCAGCCAGUGACGGGGCCCCCCCCCUCGACUUUAUCCUGUCCGGGGGUGAGACAGGGAUGAAUCCCAAUUAGUGGCCAUUCCCUGUCUCAAUACAUCGAAUCUUUGCUAACAGCCCUCAGAACAAUUAACUAUGGCCUUCAACGCUGCCCACUGCCUGGGGCAUAUAAGACGUCGUGGGUCUCCGCCGUCUGACGAUCUUCUGAACUGGCAGGCCGCCUCAUCCCCGCCGCUCAGUUCGCCCCGAGCUGGUCUCCGCCGUUUCUCCAAGGGAACUCGUUGAUCCCCCCGCCUUCCCAAACCAUUAGAGAGCGCUAUCAAUAGGUGAGGACGAUCAACAGCCCGUCAUCAUGGUCAACUUCAAACCCGGCGGUGUCAAGCACCUCGUGCAGUCCAAUGUCGAGGAGAACAUCGACAUUGCGCGCGCAGAGGCGCCCAAGUUUGAGCGCGUCACCUGGUACAAGGAGCCGCAUCUGCGUAAGCUCUACUUCCUCAGCAUCUUCCUCUUGAUCGGAUCAGCCACCACCGGUUUCGAUGGCAUGCUGCAGAACACAUCCCAGCAGAUGGACUACUGGAAGAAAUUCUUCCCCGAGUAUGCCGAUGCCAACAAGCUUGGUAUCCUCAUCAACAUGUAUAACAUUGGCUCCAUCAUCUCGUACCUCUUCUCACCAUACAUGGCCGACAUCCUGGGACGAAAGCCAACCAUUAUGGUUGGCUGCAUCAUUAUGGUUGUCGGUUCCUGCAUCACGGCCUUUGCCAAGAACUACGGAAUGUACAUCGGCGGGCGUUUCAUCCUCGGCUUUGGCAACUCGCUGUCACAAAUCUGCUCCCCCAUGCUCCUGACCGAGAUCUGCCACCCGCAACAUCGUGGCCCUCUGACGACUGUGUAUAACUGUCUCUGGAAUCUCGGGUCUCUGCUCGUGUCUGUAAUUGGCUGGGGCACCGCGUCAAUCCCUAGCGACUGGUCGUGGCGCUCCAUCACCUUCCUCCAGGCUGCCCCGUCGCUUCUCCAACUAGCUGGCAUCUGGUGGGUGCCCGAGUCCCCACGAUUCCUCGUGCACAAGGAUCGGUCCGACGAGGCUCUUGCUAUGCUAGUCAAGCACCACGGAGGUGGCGACCCGAACAACGCCACCGUGCCGUUCGAGUACCGGGAGAUCAAGCAGACCAUUGAGUCAGACCGCAACAACAAGACGGCUACUAGCUACCUCGACUUUUUUAAGACCAAAGGCAAUAGGUGGAGGCUGGCGAUUGUCAUUUCCCUGGGCAUCAUCUCGCAGUAUUCAGGCAAUGCGCUGUUUUCCAACUACAUUGACAUCAUCUACGAGGGUGCGGGUAUCAAAGAGCAAAACAAGAAGCUGGCUUUGACUGCUGGUAAAACAAUCAUGGAUCUGCUCAUUUCCUGCGGAGCCGCCCUGCUUGUUGACAAGGUUGGUCGCCGACCGCUGUUUAUGACGGCUAUCUCUGGCAUGGUGGUCGCCUUCAUCUGCUGGACUAUUACUGGCGCUGUCUAUGAGAAUUCUGGACACGCGGGUGCCGAUGGCACCACCGUUUACAGCAAUACGGGGUCUGGAUACGCCCAGAUUGCGUUUGUCUGGCUCUUUGGCGUCUUUUACGACAUUGGCUUCUCCGGCCUGUUGGUUGCAUACGCGCUCGAGGUUCUCCCCUUCCACAUGCGUGCCAAGGGUCUUGUUAUUCUCAACAUUACGGUCCAGGCUGUGCUUGCCGUCGGAAACCAAACCAACAAGCUUGCGUGGGACAACCUGCCCAAACACUGGAACUUCAUGCUGUUCUACACGCUCUGGGACUUUUGCGAGCUCAUUUUCGUGUACUUCUUCUACAUUGAGACCAAAGGCCCGACACUGGAGGAGAUUGCACGCAUUUUCGACGGCGACGAUGCCGUGCCGCACAUUGACCUCGAGCAGGUGGAGAAGGAGGCACAUCUCACGGCUCUUCACGAGGAGACCGUGUCGGAGAAGAAGGCCUGAUCGGCGAGUUGAUGAAUCCAUGAAGACUGAGGGACGCCGCUGAUGCGGCUCCACAGCAAUGGAUCACUCACAACGCGCCCGGAUGGUGACGGGAAGCAAGCGGGUACGUAUCAAUACUUAAUACUAGUUCACUCUGGUCAACCGGUCUGCAGUCCGGACUGAGAGCUCUCUAAUGGUCAUGGUGACAACGAGCGAUACCAAACGCAAUGGCAGCGGUGGUUUCAACUCGAGCUGCCUUGUUGAGACGCCCUACACCGCAUCUGGUCCCAUCGGCGAUAUGUAACGUAGACGUCAGCUCGCCUCAUGGCCGCCGCGACAGCUUCGUUGUGUAAUAGCGUUCCAAUGAGGCGCCCACCCGC